GAACAGACUCGCGGCUCCAGCACAUCUUGCUAACCUAAUUCAGAAAACAAGUGCUACGGCUCUCUGCCUGUCAUCUUCGCUCCUGUAGCAUUUUCAGGUGAUCCAGGAAACUGGGUUAUUUUUAUGAGCAAAUAAGAGAAACAGGAAUCAUGACGGGUAUGUAUUUAACAGACCCAGUACUGGAUAAAACUUAAAGCCAGUUACUAUUCAACAUAGUGAAAAGGUCACCUUGCCUGGCUGAGAAAAGAAGCGAAAUAUCAGCUUGUUGGUCUCUGUUAACAUCCUAGCUCGUGUGAGCCUCUUUUCCUUGAUGUUCGUACCAUCUUGGGAUAUCUAGCUCUAAAGAGAGACAUACUGUACUCAUGGUAGAUGACAAGGAAAAGAACAUGAAAUGUCUCACCUUCUUCUUGAUGCUUCCAGAGACGGUAAAGAACAGGUCCAAGAAAAGCUCAAAGAAAACAAAUACCAGCAGCAGCAGCAGCAGUAGCAGCAGCAGCAGCAGCAUCAGCAAGUUGUCUCCAGUUUGUUAUGAAAUAAUUACCUUGAAGACUAAAAAGAAGAAGAUGGCUGCUGAUAUAUUUCCCCGCAAAAAACCAGCAACCUCCAGCAGCACCACUGUCCAGCAGUACCACCAACAGAACCUCAGUAACAACAACCUUAUUCCCGCCCCAAACUGGCAGGGUCUUUAUCCUACCAUCAGAGAAAGAAAUGCGGUGAUGUUCAAUAAUGAUUUGAUGGCAGAUGUACAUUUUGUGGUUGGGCCACCAGGUGGGACUCAGCGGUUGCCAGGACACAAAUAUGUUUUAGCUGUUGGGAGCUCUGUGUUCCAUGCAAUGUUUUACGGAGAACUUGCUGAGGACAAAGAUGAAAUCCGUAUACCAGAUGUCGAACCUGCUGCUUUUCUCGCUAUGCUGAAAUAUAUCUAUUGUGAUGAAAUUGACUUGGCUGCUGACACGGUGCUGGCUACUCUUUAUGCUGCCAAAAAGUACAUUGUCCCUCACCUCGCCAGAGCCUGCGUUAAUUUCCUGGAGACCAGCCUGAGUGCCAAGAACGCCUGUGUGCUCCUGUCCCAGAGCUGCUUGUUCGAGGAGCCAGACCUGACCCAGCGUUGCUGGGAGGUGAUCGAUGCCCAGGCUGAGCUAGCUCUUAAGUCUGAGGGAUUCUGUGACAUCGACUUCCAGACACUAGAAAGUAUCCUCCGCAGGGAAACUCUGAAUGCCAAAGAAAUCGUUGUUUUUGAGGCAGCUCUCAAUUGGGCUGAAGUAGAAUGCCAACGGCAAGAUCUAGCUCUGAGUAUUGAAAAUAAACGCAAGGUCCUCGGAAAGGCGCUUUACUUGAUCCGCAUACCUACAAUGGCCCUGGAUGAUUUUGCAAAUGGUGCUGCACAGUCCGGAGUUCUAACGCUCAAUGAGACCAACGACAUCUUCCUUUGGUACACUGCAGCCAAAAAGCCUGAGCUGCAGUUUGUGAGUAAAGCCCGCAAGGGCCUUGUCCCCCAGCGCUGUCACCGUUUCCAGUCGUGUGCCUAUCGCAGCAACCAGUGGCGCUAUCGGGGCCGCUGCGACAGCAUUCAGUUUGCAGUAGACAAGAGAGUGUUCAUCGCUGGCUUUGGGCUGUAUGGCUCCAGCUGCGGCUCUGCGGAGUACAGCGCCAAGAUUGAACUCAAACGGCAGGGCGUUGUCCUGGGGCAGAACUUGAGCAAGUACUUCUCAGAUGGCUCCAGCAACACCUUCCCUGUGUGGUUUGAGUACCCAGUGCAGAUCGAGCCAGACACCUUCUACACAGCUAGCGUAAUACUGGAUGGCAAUGAACUCAGCUACUUCGGACAGGAAGGCAUGACGGAGGUUCAGUGUGGCAAAGUGACCGUCCAGUUUCAGUGCUCCUCAGAUAGCACCAAUGGCACUGGGGUACAGGGAGGGCAGAUUCCCGAGCUCAUAUUCUAUGCUUGAAAACACUGCCCGAAGCAGUGUGAGCUCUGAGGUGCACAUCUGGUUCCUACUUGCUUGAUGCUUAGCUCAUCUGCAGAUAUGUGAUCAGCGCAGGUAAUUUGUAAUGAAUGAAGCUGUGGGCAGUUUCUAAUUUCUUUCAACCUUUUAAUUAUGUACAGGCAAAAAUGUAGCAUUCUGCUUUUAACUAUAUGCUUAAAAGAGCCAAGUUCUUAUUAGGGCUUUGUGGUUUUGGGAAUUGCGUUCAUCUAUAAGCUGGGGAGAAUCUGCCCCACUGACCUUCCAGUUCUGUCCCUCUUAAGAAAAUUUUUGAAUCACCUCAAAUUUCCUCUAGUGCUUUAUUUUAACAAAUAGAAAUAGUCUAAAAUGAUAAUGAUAAGAGUUAUUUUUAAACAGAACCCCCCCCCCCAAAAAAAAGAAACAAAAAAACACGGAUAAACCUCAGUGUACAAUUUUGAAAGUAGUUUUGUUUCAUAAUAAGUAAUAAUUUAGAAAGUAGACAGUAGUCAUGUUUAGCUCUUUUUUUUUCUUUUAAAUAUUUUACUUCUGGGCAUGGCUUUUUCUUAAAUCUUAAAAUUCAUAAGAUUGUUAAUUAUUAAACACUACAAAGUGUCAGUAUAAAGUGGGAAAAUAAGAAAUUGGAUGUUUGUUUAGGCCAUGACGUCCGCUAUAAGCAGAUUUUUAUUCUGUUACAUUGGAAGGCAAAGUAUUGCAGUUCAGAAGUAACUAAAUUAUAAAGUUUUGUGGACAUUAGAAAAAAGUUUCAGGCCUAUUAUUUUAAACUAAAGCUGUUUAAAAAGGAAACCUAAAAGAGUCCCAUACUACAAAUGGGUUAAUUAAUGGCACAAUAAAAUGCAGUUUGCAAAAGUCAAUCUUUUCUCCCCAUUUAGCUUCUGAUCCCCACCAUUGACUUGUUUUCAUAAGUCGUACUGUAUAGAAUUCCUGUUCCCUUUUUUUUUUUUUUAAUGACAAGAGGACCAAACAAUUCUUUAGAGGAAUGGAAAAACAAUUAGUUAUGUAGCACAAUAUGUUAACAUACUAAGAUACUUUAUUCUUUUUUUUUUUUUAAUCUGAAGUAUACUUUACCUGUUCUAAUUUGAUCACAUAUUAUCUUCUUAGUUAAUUAUAAUUCUACUUCCUGGACUGCUAGAAGCUGGCCUCUGGCCAUUUUAAAGUGCCAAUAUUUUCCUGCAGGGUUUUUAAAACAUGAUCUGGAGCAAAGCACCUGAUUGUACCUACUAUUCGUUGCAUCAGCAUCACAUCCAGCUCUCUUGUUUGUCCAUGGAUAAUGUAAACAAAGGAGGGAAACACUCUUCAAAAAGUUCUCCUUCUCUGAUGGCUUGUGAUGGUUUAGUGCCCACGACCCUGGUAGUGUCCAUUGUGUUCACUUCCAGGUGAAGUAUCCAUGUGUUUCUGGGCAGCUCUUCUGCUCAGUGUGAUCCUGAGAUGGCUUCCUUCGCCACCCCGAGUGUGGUCUCUCGCCGCCUCCUUCUCCUGCUCUGCAAGCCUGAAGCUGGCUUGUCUGGAGCCUGGGGUUAGUCCUGGGGUGGCUGCAUGUGCCUGGGCGCCCAAGUGCAUGCAAGUUGUUUGCCGACUCAGGAAUCGUCUCCUCCCUGCCUGGCCAGUGAGAGGUGGGACAGAAGUGUUCCCCCUGCUGGCCCCAGCAAGGCCCCAGUGAGUGACUGCCCUUUUCCUGUUCACUGUGUUUUUGGGCUACUUCUUUCCCUGUAGACAAGGGUUUGUUGCUUUGGCCAGCUUCCCUAAUGGAGGAGAACACUGGAUUAUGGGAAAUGUUUUAAUCAUCUUUGCCAUUACCUAUGUCUGUUAGCAUCAAUGAUCAAAAGCUGUUACUGGUGAUUAUAAAUGAGUACUCCCAGGACAACUUUCCAAAAUUACCUAACAAUUAUUUCUUAUUAGGAAAAUGACAGAUAGUGGUGUUGGCAAAGUAUCAUGAAAUAAAGGUACGUUUUCAAUUUACAAAAUACUUGUACAAAUGAUUUUGCUUUUAAAUUAUGAUUAAACAUUUCAGGAAUUCAUAGCUACCAUGCAAAUUGAUAGGUUAUAUACCUGAUUAGAAGGCACUCAUUUUUAAGCCAGAAGAGGAGAAACUUUAGCACUAAUUUCAUCAUAUGAGAUUGUGAGGAGAGGUGAGUGUGAUAACCUUACGAGUGAAGAUUGUUCGUUCAGUAACACUGUCUGUGCUCCUGUUAGCCAGCUGCCCUCCAUGUGGCUGGGGGCCUGCUGGGUGCACACCACCUGAGAUCCUGUACACCAGGCAUAAGAGAACCUAAUUGUAUGUUAAUUACUAUUACCUAAAGAAAAAAACACAUUUAUCACCUGAUUGGCUGGUGCCCAGAACUGUGGGUGAAAUUUGAAAUUUUUAUUUAGAAUAAGAAAUUUUAUAUUUUAAGUCCUGUUCUCCCUUGUGCAUUUUCAACAACAAGGAAUGAAGGCUGAUGUGCUUGCUUUAUUUUCUUUGGUAAUCUUAAAUUUUGUAGCUUUUAAAACUAGAAACUGUUCUGACAAGGCAGGCAGCUCUAGUGUAUAAACACAAAUUUAUUAAACAAAAGACUCUGUAGAUGCUUUUCCCAAUGUACCUGGCAGUCUUUGUUGUUCAUACUGGGGAUCAGGGGAGCUAGGCUAGCAGUUCUAAUGUAACAUUCUUUAAGCAUAUCUUAAUAGAGUAUUUAAGUAAAUGGUCUCAUUUCUACAUAAUUAUUGCACUGAACUGUCUUUUUUGUUUUUUUAAGAUGUUGAAAUAAGCUUGGCUAAUUCAAGACACUAGCCACUUGUGCAUCAGAGUGCUUGAAUUUAGUAGCUUACAGCAUUAUUUAUGAAGGAAAAUAUAUAAAUAUGAAGUACCUCAUGUUGAAUGUUAUUGUACUGUAUUUUUAAUGUAACAGUGCAGACUUGUUAGACACAUGAAUGUGUAUAAUCAUGUUAA